GAAUCAAAUUCCGUAUUAAUUACCAAUAAAUCUCAAUAACAGAAUUUGAAAAUCCAAACAUGCACUACACUACAAAAAUACGCAUAUCAUCACAAAUCAAAUAUAUUUCCCUGCAUUUUGAUUCGCUGCCACUGCCAUUUGGAGACCUCUACACUACCAUUUCUCCACUAACUCCCACUAUAUAUUAUCCCAAAAACUCGAUGCAAUUUCUCGCAUCAUCCAUGGAUUUCCACGGGCAAGGAAUGUUGCCGGAAUCGGAGGCGGAGGAAUACGUAUACGACGACGAUGUUUUCUACGUCGAGCUUCGCAAGCAGGUCUUGCAAUUGACGGCUGAAGACGACGACGGCGAAGAAGAAGAUGUUUACGAGACGAAGGUCAUGAUGAAUGAGAAUGGGACGGAGGCCCACAAACACGGCCCGUAUCUCGGCCCUCCGCGGCCCGUCUGCUAUCACGGCUGGCCCACGAUCAAGGACGCCGCUGCGCCUGCAUGGAUCGUCAACCUGUGGAGAACUGGAAAUGGCACCGGCGUUUUCAUUCCUCAAGGAGUUCACUCUAAAAGGAAAAACAGAUCGAGAAGAAAGAAUGGAAGAGGGAGAACACACAGGAGGGUAGAAAGAAUGAACUGAGUAGUGGAAUGUUUUAUGUGAAAGAAGGAAUGUUAUUUUGGAUUUUCUCAAAGUAUGUACUAAUAUAAAUCAGGAUGGUUUAACUUUAAUGUACAUAUUGCAAUAUAUGUUUGGAUUCUGGUCUUCUUUGA